ACGGGGAAGCCAGCGGGGCAAGAGCUGCCCGCGGAGCACCAUGCUGGAGUCCAUCCGUGUCACCGAAAAACUUCACUGGCCUAAGACAGAGCUUUCUAAAAAAUCAGUCCUGAGUCCAGAAGAACAUAAGCUGAACAUUAAUAAUGAAAACAGCCUCCAGCACCCACCUUCUGGGAUCCUUAAGGACAUUUUCACAACAGGAACCAGUAGCUACAAUGUCCUUCUGCAGAGCAAAGAGGAGAAAAAACACCACGCUCAAAAGCAGUCAUCUGCUCACCACAAGAAACACAGAAAAACUAUGAAGUGUUCUACCACCUUGCGAAGCAAUGAGCACCGCAAAAUCAAAGUCCCACUACCCUUGCUCAGCGGUGGGUGGUACUGCACAAACAGACAGCCCUCCAUCAUUGUCACUGGCCCAGUGUCUACCAGCAUGAAGUUUACAAACAGUAUUUCGGUUGCAGGGAGCAGCGUAGGACUGCCAUCACGACCCAGAAGUAGAACUAAGAGGCAUUUUAAUCUAACAAAGCCAAAGCAAUCCCAGUCCUCAAAAAGCCAUGGAAAAGAAAGUGAUGUCUCAGGCCAAAAACUCUGUUUACUGACUGCAAUCAAGCCUUCCAAUGUAGAGAAAGAGAAGAUGAAAUUCUUCAAGUCAGAUUUCACAUACAAUCCUCAAUUUGAAUAUGCAAACCCCGCUCUGCCAAGCGUGUUAGCUAAGCACAGCCAUGCAUCUGACCGAUUUCUUAAGCAGUCCAUUAACAUUAUGGAGCGGACAUUGCAGAAAUACGGAAGCUAUGAAAAAUUUGAACAGGCCACUGGAGGCAGCUUGCUGACCAAAAGUCGCAUCUGGAAUCACGUCAGGAAAUAUAUGGUGAAAGAAGGCUGUCUUGGUGAGAUUGUGGUCCAUCUCACGGAGGACCUGCUAUCUCGAGCCUCAAUGACAGUGGUGAAUGGCCGCCCCACUCUCACUAUCAAUAUCUCCACUGCACGAGAGCACUGGCUGGAAGGGAUGCUGAGACAUGAAAUUGGAACUCAUUAUUUUCGGGGUUUUAACAACAACAGCCAGCCUUGGUGCAACUGGAACGGACGUAGAAAACACGGGCUAAAACCAAUCAACCCUACAGAAGAAGGGCUAGCAAGCAUUCACAGUGUCCUGUUCCGCAAAGACCCUUUUCUUUGGAGAGCUGCCCUGCUCUACUACACAGUAUAUCAGGCUAGCCAAAUGUCCUUCAGUCAGCUUUUCCAGGACGUGGGGAAAUUUGUUAAGGACCCCAAUACUAGGUGGGAUUACUGCGUACGAGCUAAGAGAGGGUGGACUGACACAUCACAACCAGGCUGCUUCAAUAAGGAUCAGGUGUACUUGGAUGGCAUCCUCCGAAUCCUGAGAUACAGGGAGUCCAUUGAUUUCCAUCUUCUGACAGCCCUUGGAAAGAUCUCGUAUGAGGAUGUGGACCGCCUCAAAGGAUUAGCUGUGAUCGAGAACAUGAGGGUACCACACUUUUUGCAAGACCAUGCCCGGUAUAUGGAGCACUUGGAAAAGAUCAUGGAAGUCAAUGAGCUGACUGAUGAGGAGCUCCAGGAUCUCAUAAAUUAACAGUAUUAGCCCACCAUUCACUUACUCUGUGAGGAUGUAGAACUGGACUUCCCAGAGCAUGCAAAAAUGGAUUUAUGAGGGGUGGGGCAGGAGGGAAGGGUGGCCAGAAUAUGU